ACAUCAAUAAUUCAGCCUUCUGUAGCGCGGCGCAGUAGACAGAUCAUCUAGUCUUCAGAGGAACGAAGGCCAGGUGUUCUGUUCGGGCGCCCUCGUCAGUUAUCGAUCGCAAAACUACGCUGCAUAGAGGAUUAUAGUGCCUAGAUCUUAAAUGGGGAUGACAGGGAACGAACAACCUAGGAAGUGAUAUAUAUAGAGUUUCAUUUGUCAUUGGGGAUAGAUCUUUCGGAAUUUCCAAAGAAGGAUGGAACGCGAAGCUUUCAACUUGUUUUAAACUGGACGCUGAUCGUCACAAAAUUUUAUCGGUCAUGGACGCGGCACCCAUGACCUUUGACCCGCGGGUCACGGAGGAAGGGGACAAUAGGCCCCAUUUCCGGUCACUUCUGAGGGAGAAUUGGGUGUCCGUCAUGACGGACUGUCUUGUGUUUGGCAGUUUUGGGAUGGGAGUCGCGAUCUUAGGACCCACCUUGUUUGACCUUGGCUGCCAGACAAGUGCCAGUUUACGGGAAUUAAAUUGGGUUUUCUUUGUGCAGCUUCUGAUGACCCUAGUGGGGUCUUUGUCUGCCGGAUGUCUAGCUCAGAGGUUUAUUCCUGUCCACGUGCUGAUGUUGAUCGGUAUGACGGGACUUCCGUUUACUAUGUUGUUAGUUCCCGCCUGUACGGAGUUUGCCGAGCUUCUAUUAAACCUGAUGCUGAUGGGCUGGUGCAUGGGCUGUAUAGACUGCGUGGCGAAUCUCAGGAUGAUCAUCAGGUUUGGAACAAACGUCUCACCAUUUUUACAGGCAAUGCAUUUCUGUUACGGCCUCGGUGCUUUCAUAAGUCCAAUGAUAGCGGCCAUGUUCACUCUAGACGUGGAUUGUUCACAUCCUGUGAAUGGGAAAGUUACUAUUGACAAUUUCGAAAAUACAUCGAAUUCUAGCCAACCACAAGUAACAACACAAGUUUCAGUGUCACGUGCUCAGCACCUCAGCCACUCAGAACGCGCCUUCUUUAUUCUUGCUAGUAUCCAAUUUUUCUUUACAGCGAUUGUGAUAGUGGUAAUUAUUUUGGAGAAGAAGCGCGUUAUAUCAUCAGGCGUUACCGUGUCGCAGUCCACCAGCAUGAUGUCAGUUCUCUCACCAACCUCAGACGAACAAGAUCUGAGGGAUAUAAGUGGCCAAACCUACUGCUUCUGUUUUGGGACUAGAGAAACAGUCGUGGUGAUUCUGAUAACCUCAGCUUCACUCUUCCUCUAUGACGGAUUACAGUCUUCUUAUGCGGAUUAUAUAUAUUCCUUCGCCAUUAAAAAUGUGAAAGGCCUUCAAAAAGGAGAAGGUGCAUAUUUAAAUGCGUGCUUCUGGGGAACUUUUGCCCUUGGUCGUCUUAUCGCCAUUCCUUGUGCUACCAGAUUGACUGCUGCAUUCAUGCUUACCUGUAAUUUGGGAGGAUGUGCUUUUGCCCUUCUAGUCACACUGAUAUUUCGCGGUAACCAUGUUGUGACGUACUUUGGAACAUGCGUACUGGGGCUCUUCCUGAGCAGUAUGUCACCAACCAUUAUGUCGCUCACUGAGCUGUUUAUUGACAUCAAUGCUCCCAUAGCCUCCUGCCUGGUAGUUAGUGCGGCCCUGGGUGAAACGCUUUGUCCGGUGAUUGUCGGCAAUCUGUUUGUUGCCUCGGGACCGCCCAGUUUCCUGAUUUUCUGUACAGUGCUAGCUCUGUUAUCAGGAAUUCUGUAUGGUGCUGUUUAUUUCUAUGGGAAAAAUACUCCGAAAUACAGAGGAUUGAAAUCCGACUCCUUUGUAUGGAUAACAAAAUUCCGGAAACAGAGGGAGGAAACAAAUCCAUUUAAACCCAUAUCUGUCAAAUAUUAUUCUCAAAAGGACCGAGAUAAAACACAGACUGUAGAGGGGGAAAUAGAAUUUCCGAACAAUAUGGCUGAAGAUGGCGACCUCUACAAUAGUCCCUAUUCACCGGGAUGAUUAGAUUUAUUGUUGAGUAGUGAUAACGGCCACGAAUUUCGUUAUAUGUGGAAUUGACGAGUUUUAAUAUUUAUUUUACUAAGGAAAUACAUUUGAAUUGUUUCCUCCAAGAUAUUACGAAACGUAGCAGAAAUCCACGAUUAAUGUCCGUGACGUUGAACACUCCUGUACGAACAUGUCUAUCAUUGAAGACCUAUGUUUAAAUGUUGAAACAAAUAUAAUUAGAAAUGUUUUGAUCGUCUACCAGGCAUUAUCAACGUCUGAGUGAUUUGAUAUCUUCUUUGAAAACUAUAUGUACAUGAACAAAUGCUGAUUGACAUAAUGAACUUCUUUUUGUUGAAUACGUGUUGAUUGUAAGUUUCCAAUGUCUUUUGAGAUUUUAGAUACCUGUUGGAGCUCUCUAGCGUCUAAUCAAUGUUUGGCUUACCCCUAUAUUUGUAUAAAAUUAUGGAGAAGAACAAUCUUUGAAGAGUUGCAGACAGGCAGGCGUGGGAUUCGGCACGCUUUGUUCAGUUAGCUGCGGUAACAGACAGAGAAACAGUGUUACUGUAAAGGAAGACCACGUACUUUUGUACGAAAGUCUGGAAUCCAGUUGCAGUGAAUAGGACGUGUAUUUGACUGUUGAACAUUUAUCAAUAAUUCUGUGUAUGUUGUGGUUCAUGAAUUGCCUUCUUUGUUUUCAGUAACUUUUUUGUUUUCAUUGAUAUUACGUAGGUCCAUGUUAAGUUAUUUGUUUUCAGUAAUGUUACUUAAGACAAUGUGAAGUUUUUUGUUUUCAGUAACAUUACAUGUACGCAGGUCAGUGUUAAGUUUUUUGUUUUCAGUGAUAUUACGUAGGUCAAUAUAAAGUUAUUUGUUUUCAGUAACAUUACGUAGGUCAGUGUUAAGUUAUUUGGUUUCAGUAAUAUUACAUGAGACAAUGUGAAGUUCUUUGUUUUUAAAAAAUUAUAUUACUGAAGAUGAUAUUGAAAUCGUCGUUUCACAACUGCUGUAAUUAUUUUUUUUUAGAAAGAAGAAUAGCUAAGCAAAACUGUCUCCAUUUAUGUUAGAAAUUAUUAAUCAGGAGGAAUUUUUUAAUUAGGGAUACAAACUACAUCUGCCGGUAUUCAACACAUGAUGAUAUUGCAGUGCCUGUCGUACAUGUGUACCGUGUGUAUCCUAAUACCGUGUAUUCAAAUUUUCGCGAGACAUUAAUUUCGUGAUAUAGGUUUUACCACGAACAUAAUUUAUCUGUUAUCACCAAUUCCUGAGCCAUUUCCUUCAAACUCGAUUAAAUACCUCGUAUAUCAUUACGAUCACCGGAUAUAAAAGAUUCGUACAUUAUUGAAGUUUUCAAUUACUCUGUAAAACCCCUUUUUAGAGUAGAAAACAUUUUAGGUAAAUUUUUCUUUUGCUGGAAAUGUCUGAGAAGUUACGAAUAAAAUAUCUUAUGUAGAACCCGACAUAUUGAAAUAAACCUCCUGGAUAAAACUUGAUACACAGAUAAGAGGACCAAUCAUGUUUAGUGAUAUUUAUUUGUUUUGUUGAUUUGUUAACCUUGUUUUCAUUAAAUUGUUUUGAUUACUACCA